AUGUCGUACACCAAUAAACGCCAUACAUACUACGAGGGGAUUACGAGCGACCCGUCCAGCACAUUUCAAUAUACGCAGCAAACGAAUGAACAAAGGCGAAAACAUGUAACGUUUGGUCCUUACAUCCUAGGAUCCACGUUGGGAGAAGGAGAAUUUGGAAAAGUAAAGCUUGGUUGGCCAAAAAAUUUUUCAAACAAUUCUACCUCAGCUUUUGAUUUCCCAAAACAAGUAGCCGUUAAGCUUAUCAAACGUGAUACCAUAUCAAACGACUACAAGAAAGAAGUAAAAAUAUACAGGGAAAUUAAUGCUCUAAAACAUUUAUCACACCCUAAUAUCGUAAAGUUAGAAGAAGUGCUGCAAAAUUCCAGGUACAUAGGUAUCGUUCUAGAAUAUGCAUGUGGAGGGGAAUUUUAUAAAUACAUCCAAAAAAAAAGAAGACUAAAAGAAACCAAUGCAUGCAGAUUGUUUUCCCAAUUGAUAAGUGGGGUACAUUACAUCCAUUCGAAGGGUCUUGUUCACAGAGAUCUCAAAUUGGAAAACUUACUAUUGGAUAAAAAUGAAAACUUAGUCAUAACAGACUUUGGAUUUGUCAACGAAUUUUGCUCACGUAACGAAUUAAUGAAAACGUCAUGCGGCUCUCCCUGCUAUGCAGCACCAGAGCUAGUGGUAAGCACAAAACCGUAUGAAGCUAGGAAAGCAGAUAUAUGGUCAUGCGGUGUUAUACUUUAUGCUAUGCUAGCCGGGUAUUUGCCGUGGGAUGAUGAUCCAAAGAACCCUGAGGGAAGUGAUAUCGGAAGACUUUAUAAUUAUAUCUGUUCUACGCCAUUGAAAUUUCCUGAUUAUAUUCUUCCUAUACCUCGUGACUUAUUGAGACGCAUCUUGGUUUCGGACCCGAAGAGAAGAAUAAAUUUGAAACAGAUCGAGAAGCAUGGAUGGUUGAAAUCUCAUUCUUCAUUUUUAUCCAUAACGCCCGAUGAAUGGGAUAAACUACACAAUACGCACUCUGUGUUCAGAUUAGAGAAGCCGAAAGCAAGAUAUGGAUCCAGACCACAAUCAAGCUGUUCCACUUCAUCCAUGGGUUCAAGGAGUGAUAAGAGAGACUCACUAAUAAUCGAUUCUACUUUGCUUACAUUCCCAGCCCCACCCCAAGAAUCACAGAAUCAUAUAAUAACCAGACCCACUUCUAUUCCUUCUGACCAACGGCUUUCACCUAUUAGAAGAUCUAAUAGACACAAUAGAAGCAACUCCGCCGCUUCCAUUGCUUUACAAGCAGUAGUAAAUGCGGAUAGAGAAUACGUUUUAAGCCAUGAACAAUCACUACCUUCGGCGCAAAAAACAAGGCAGCUAACUGUAGGAAACAUAUCUCCCAGUCUGUCACCUCCAUCAGUUGUCAAUUCAGGAGAUGUUAUGGUGGAAUCCACGCAGCUCAAAAGAAAUACAACUUCCGGUAAUAAUGUCACAUUAUACUUAGAAAAAGAGCUUCUUGGUACAGCUCAAACAAACAAGGUUCACCUAAAUAACGCAAAUUCCUCACAAAACGAUCAGUAUAACAAACCUAAAACCCAAAAUAGUCUCAAAUAUACCAAGAACUUCCACCGCACGUCAUCUUCAUCCCAUACUAAACCUAGACCAACUUCCUACCAUCCUGGCUCAUACACGACGACUUCCUACAACUCGAAUAGACUUUCUAUAGAAGAGGCUAGCGACAAGACCAAAAGCACCGCCUCAUCGCAAACACUUAAUCAAAGAGAAACGUCUCCAUUCGACUCCGCACCUUAUCUUGCACCAGAUACGUGCAUAACUUCAUGCUCCUCUAUUGAAAGCUCUCCGAAAUUAAUUACAAAUGGAUCAUUCUCAUUAGCAAAACCAUCAGUUGAUUUACAAAUUGUUUCUGGUGAUUUAAUCAAAUACAAAGGAGACGCAGAAGGAGCAACGAGAACAUACGAUGAAAAAUAUAAACAAAGACGCAAAAGCUUAAGAUACAGCGGAAUAUUCAAUGAUAUAUCAUGCGAUACAGUCACUGAGGAAUCUGACGAUUUAAAGGUACCGGAGUCAGCUGUUGCACAAGCUCAAGAACAAGAGACUUUAGACACGACAAAGGCGGGCAAUGCAAAUCAAGAUGCUUUAAUUUCAGUAAAAACACAGGUUAAUCUUCCCUUAGAGAGAUCGCUAAAUGACCAGGUUAAUAUUAACUUAGAGAGAUCACUAAAUGAAACAGAAUCUGUAAAGAAACGUUUCAGUUUUUUUUCUUUAUAUUCCUACAAUACUUCCAAGUCUAGUUUAUAUUCAUCGAUAGAUUCUAAGAGAAAACCUUCUCCACCUUCACAGAGGCGUCCAAAAAAAGACGAUACUCAUAUCAACCCGAGAACUUCAUCGACGACCACGUCAAAUGUACCAACAUCUCAUAAAUUGAAAAGCGAUCAAUCCCUACAAACAAUCGCUCAAGAUGAACGUAUUCCAGAACUUAAGAAAGCUGUCAGAACUGAGAGGGCCUCCAUAAUGGUGUCUGAGGUCAGAAAGGCAAAUACAGAUAAUAAAGAAAAUCAAUAUCCAGAACAGUCAACUGCAAAAAGAGUACUAGGAUUUUUUAAAAGAAGAAGCAUGAGAGUUUAA